CGUGCAGUUGUAGAGUCUUAAGCAUUCAUAGCGGCCAACUUACUAGCACUGUGGGUCGAUAAAUUUCUUCCAAUUAUUUUUCCUAGAGUUAUUGUUUACUUUUCCUUAAAAACUUUAAACACUAUUCUGUGAAAAUGGCUCCCAAUGCUCAAGAAGUUCCAAAAGAAAAACUUGAAGUUCCUUCUAGAGGAAUAAGUGCCGUUUUAUUAGGACCACCCGGCAGUGGCAAAGGCACUCAGGCCCCGCUCUUCAAGGACAGGUACUGCGUAUGCCAUUUAUCAACAGGAGACAUGUUGAGAGCGGAAAUAAAAUCCGGUUCCGACAUCGGAAAGCAAGUAAAGUCGAUCAUGGAAGAAGGGAAAUUAGUAAGCGAUGAACUAGUAGUCAAUAUGAUUGAUAAAACCCUUGACAAACCUGAAUGCAAGCGGGGAUUUCUCCUCGACGGUUUCCCAAGAACUGUACUCCAAGCCCAAAAGCUUGACGAGAUGCUUCAAAAAAGAAAAACGAAGCUCGAUGCAGUAAUCGAGUUUGGAAUUGACGACAAUCUUCUAGUGAAGAGGAUUACAGGAAGAUUGGUACAUCCAGCAAGUGGUCGAUCUUAUCAUGAAGAAUUCGCACCGCCCAAAGUUUUGAUGAAGGACGACCUUACGGGUGACUCUCUUAUAAGAAGGUCAGACGACACUGCAGAGACUCUGAUAAAGCGAUUGUCAACCUAUCACACCCAAACUCAACCUCUAGUCGACUACUAUGCUCUUCAGGGAAUUCACCACUAUGUCAACGCAGCCAAGUCGAGCGAGCAAGUUUUCAGAGAUAUUGACAAAGUCUUCAUGAACUCGAUCAAGAAAGAUAAGAAAGGCUUAUUCAGCAGACUCUUUUCGUAAUAGGAUUAGCAAUACUUACAAGAAAACCUGCUCGAAAAUCUCAAUCCAAGACAUCGAUUACAUGCAUACAUGUCAAUAUACUAGUGUAAAUUUUAGGAAACAAAUCAAGUUUCAUGAGCAGGAAAGUUGCGACUGUUUAAUACUAGUGAUAUCCCAAUUCAAAACGAAAAUAAUUCCUGAUAAAUGUGUAACAUUCGCUCACUUCCAGUCCGUUGAAGGUAGUGUAAAUUCUAUGAUUCCAAAUCUUUGAGAUUUGUAGAGUGAUUUAAUAUGAUAAUAUUCCACGAAAAGAAAAGUGCUCGUCAUUGUAGUUCAAAGAUCUUUCACUAAGAAUUUUAACUGCGAAAGUAUUAACAUUAAAGUGAGCACAAUGUAUAUUUUGCUUUCUGCGAGUAAGUUGAUGUUUUGUCUCAAUAUAAAGUAGUUUCAAAGUUGCACAACGACUAGAUUCAUUUGUAGAUUUUUGGAACAGAUGAUAAAUUGAUAACUAAAAUAGAUUCAAAUAGUUUCAUGGUAAAUUACCACUGCCAAGCUUCUUUGCUUAUUUAAAGUAACAAAUAUAUGUAUGUAUGUAUGUAUGUAUGUAUGUGAAAAAGGACGUAAUUAUUUUGCUAGAGACGCAUUGUACUUACAGGGAACAGUGUACCUAACUUGAAAGGAUUAGAGACCUGGAGCAGAUUUUUACAAAGACAAAUUUAACUGCAAAACAGAUAAAGAAAAUAGGAAAAUAAAUUGCAUGGUGCUGCUUAUUUUGCAUAAUAGACGCAUAUUUAAAAUAUUUAAAAGCCCUAGAAUUACUUUAAACUCAAAAUUAAUUGGAUAAUACUGAAGUUCAUUGCUGUGGAUCUAUUGCCAUCGUAAGGGCGGCUUUUUCAUCUGGGAUAGAUACUAUUUAUCAAUUGUAUUUCUAAGACCGGGGCUUAAACUCUCCUUCAUUCGUAACUAGAAUUUAAUUAUAUCUUAAGUUUUGUAGAAAAUAUUUUUGCACUCGAUGAAUAGAGUUUUAUAUAUUUUUUGAGGAGAACGUUUUUUAAACUAAGAGUAAUCUUUAGAAAUUGUGUUCAUUUUUUUAAAGUUACGAACUAUAUUAAGAUAUGAUUGAAUUUAUGUCUUUCACACAUUGUUAUAUGUUUAUAGAAAAGUUGCUUCGAAUUUGAAAUAGAAAAAUGUAAAUGUGCAAGGUUUUGACGUGGAAUUCAGAAUAAGUGACAGAAUUUUAGCAUUUGACGGAAAACGUGCCUCCGGCAAGUCUACAAGCUACAAAAGUAUGCCUAAAAUUGUACAAUACUACUUUUAAACACGGGAUAAUAUUGUUACAAUGUUACUAGCAAUUGUGUACAGAAAAAUUACUCGGUGUAUCGACCACUGGAGAAAAUAACAAAUAAAGCCUAAACGACAAGAA